AUGGAUGUAAAAAGUGCAUUUCUAAAUGGAUAUCUGAACGAAGAAGUUUAUGUAGAACAACCUAAAGGGUUUGCUGAUCCAAACUUGCCUGAUCAUAAAGGUGGAAUAGACAAAACCCUCUUUGUCAAAAACACAGAUGGAAGAAUCAUGAUUGCUCAGAUAUAUGUGGAUGACAUAGUGUUUGGAGGAAUGUCAGAUACAAUGGUAAAACACUUUGUUGGUCAAAUGCAGACUGAAUUUGAAAUGAGUAUGGUUGGGGAACUGACUUACUUUCUUGGUCUUCAAAUCAAGCAAAUGGAAGACUCCACAUUCAUGUCUCAAAGCAAAUAUGCCAAGAAUAUAGUAAAGAAAUUUGGUAUGGACAAUGCAAGUCACAAAAGAACUCCUGCACCAACUCAUCAAAAACUAUCUAAAGAUGAAGGAGGCAUAAGUAUUGACCAGAGUCUGUACAGAAGCAUGAUUGGUAGCCUGUUAUAUCUGACAGCCAGCAGACCAGAUAUUACAUUUGUAGUUGGAGUGUGUGCCAGAUAUCAAGUAGAUCCAAAGGCAAGUCACUUAAAUUAA